AUGGAUCAAGGGGAGAAACCGAAGGAGGAGAUUCUAAACGAUCUUUUCCCGCCAGACAUGGACCAGAUUCUACUACGGCGGAGAAAUGGGGCGAAAAACCUGACACCGAAUGAGAGUGACUUUGUAGCCCGGACUAACAAGGAAGCAGCUUGCCAAGUUUCCCGUAGACGAGAACUUGAGCGAGAAAUAUGUAUGGCAAGUGUUUCUCCGCGACGUUUCCGAAUUCGUCGGCAACGGCGUAUAGGAUCUAAAAUACAAGCACCAAGUCAAGGACAUGGAUCGAGUCCGGUUCUUCAAGUUGCAGCAUUAUACCGUCAGAAUCAAGACCCAGACGGGACUCAGCCCGAUCACAUAUCCCAUAUGCAGCAUAUCGCACAGAUGCAGCAAAUGGGACACAUACAAGACUUGCAUGAUGGUACAGAUGAAGCAACAGCAAUGGCUUUGAAUGGAGUCGAUACGAACAUAUUUACGGAAUCUAAUUUACAUCUUAAUCUUUCACCCACAGCGGAACAUGCAAUUUCCACACAACAGCUCUAUGAACAAGCACGCCAAGCAGCUCGUCCAUCACCUUCUCGACGGGGGAAACCAACACAAAGGCGUCCCUGGUCCAAGGAAGAGGAACAAGCCCUGUUUGCAGGCCUUGAUCAAGUUAAAGGGCCCCAUUGGAGUCAAAUUCUUACUCUUUACGGUGCCGGGGGCACAAUCAGCGAAGCAUUGAAAGACAGAAAUCAAGUACAACUUAAAGACAAAGCCAGGAAUUUAAAGCUUUUUUUCCUUAAAAAUCAACUAGAAGUUCCUCCAUACUUAAGAUUCGUUACUGGAGACUUAAAACGAGAAUAA